AUGCCGGGUAUGUUCAGUAAAAACCUAGACCUUGAGUUUGACUAUUUGCAGCCGUGCUUCUAUCCAGACCAAGAUGAUUUUUCUUUGUGCAGUCCAGACUCUGCUUCCCCAGGGGAGGACAUCUGGAAAAAGUUUGAACUGCUGCCUACCCCUCCUCUGUCUCCCAGCGGGGCAGGACUUCAGGUGAACCCCGCAGGAGGGGACCCAGUGCCAUGGGCAGGGGUGGCUUUCGGGGGAUUCCGAACCCAUGAUCCUCUGGACUGGCCAUCUAAACUGCUGCUGCUGGCUGAGGCCGACCUUUGGGGGAGCACAGAUGAAGGAGACUUAUUCAAGACAGGUUUGGGGGAAUGCAACAACCUCAGCUCCGUCAUGAUCCAGGAUUGUAUGUGGAGUGGCUUUUCUGCCCACCAGACGCUGCAGAGGGCAGUGAAUGAGAAACUGCAGGGCCAGUUGGGAGCUGCCGUGGCACCAUUGACAGCUGGCACAUCCACCACCACCGCCAGCCCUGGGGCCACCAACAGCAACAGCCAAGCAGAGCUCCCCAGCUCUAUGUUGGAGUAUAUGGAUCCUGCAGAGGUGUUCCCCUUCCCCAUGAACAAGAGGGAGCCAGUGACAACAGCCCCAGCACCAUGGGGAAGGGAUGGCAUCCAGGUGAACUUUAGUGGGAGCAGUGGGAUCGAAGAAGGGGCAGCAGCUGCCACCCAGCGCAGCAGCUGCCACACAAGUGCCACCAGCAGCUCAGGAGGUGAUACUCUCAGGGACUCGGAUGAGGAAGAGGAUGAAGUGGAAGACAUUGAGGUUCUGGCAGAGGAGAAAAGACACUCUUCCUCCAAGAAGACUGUUAUGACUAUUAUUCUAAAGCAUUGCACCCCGAUUCACCAGCAUUAUUACUACGCUGCCACUUCCCCAUACAUUGAAAGUGAAGAUGCCCUGCCGCAGGAAAAGCUAAAACAUGAGGUGCCCCAUGUCACAGAUCCCAUGAUCCAACCAGAGUCUAAGAGUUCAAGUCCUCAAAAUGUAGAGUCAGAGGUUAGCAAACGUCUACGCCUCAAUUGUCUGGAACGUCAGCGGAAUAAGGAUCUGCGCUCUAGUUUCCUCACGUUAAGGGAUCAUGUACCUGAACUGGUUAAAAAUGAGAAAGUUGCAAAAAUACUCAUCUUGAAUAAAGCCACUGAUUAUAUCCAUUCCCUUCAGGCAGAGGAACACAAGUUAUUGCUAGAAAAGGAAAAAUUGCAAGUCAGAAAACAGCAGUUGCUAAUGGAAAUAGAAUACAUGGAGACGUGUUAA